AUGCACCAAUGGAACAUUCAAGUCCAGUUCAACUUCUCUGAAGUGCGUAACACUUCAACACAUGUCAAUGUGAACGCGCAAGCACAUGUCCAAGGUGACACAAUCUCCCCGAAAAACGAAUUGACUUAUGGUAAAUAUGCUGUGAUCAUUAAGGAUAAGAACAUGUACAUCGGAAAGAUUCUUGCAGCUUAUGAGCACUUUCAGGUAAACACCAAUGAGUUGCUAGCUCUACUAGCCAAGCCAAGCUCUCUUACAUUUCAGUCCAGCUCUUCUUAUAUCGAUCUUGCAUCCCAUUGGCCGCCGGAUUUUACGACUCAUCUCCUGAUUCUCAAAUUUUUGCGCACCUUAAAAUAG